AGGAUCAGACUAACCAUGCCAAAGAAGCAAGGCAAGAUUUCAUUUUCGCUCGAAAACAGCGAACAAAUCAUCGACGACUUCAAUGGGAUUCGAGUGAAAUGGAAGUUUGUGUCCAAAAACUUCCCUUCCAAAAACAUCCCACCCCAUGAUCCCUACAACCCUCCGUUGCUCACCUGCGAGACUCGGUGCUUCAAGCUAAGCUUCCACAAGAAACACAAAGAAACGAUCUUGAACAGCUACAUGCAGCACAUAAUGGCCAAAUCGAAAGAAUUGAAGGAGAAAAAGAAGACCCUGAGGUUAUUUACGUUGAAAUCCGAUAGGGUUUAUGGGAGGAGAGGGGAUAUGUGGCAGUCACUGAAUCUUGAUCACCCAUCCACUUUUCAGACCCUGGCAAUGGAUUCUGAUCUGAAGAAGAAGUUGAUAGAGGAUUUGGACAGAUUCAUGAGAAGAAAAGAGUACUACAAGAGUGUAGGCAAGGCUUGGAAAAGAGGGUAUUUGUUGUUUGGUCCACCUGGUACAGGCAAGUCCAGCUUGGUCGCUGCCAUGGCCAAUUAUCUCAACUUUGAUAUAUAUGACUUGGAGUUGUCUGAAAUCAGAGACAACUCUGAGCUGAGAAAGUUGCUGAUUUCAACCGGGAAUAAAUCAAUACUCGUUGUGGAAGAUCUUGACUGUUCAUUGGAUUUGCAUAGGCUUCCUCAAUCCAGGCCUGUGUUGCCUCAUCGACCUAAUCACUCAUCUCAUAUGACACUGUCGGGAUUGCUCAACUUCGUCGACGGUUUAUGGUCGAGCUGUGGGGAUGAAAGGAUCAUCGUGUUCACAACGAACCACAAGGAGCGGCUCGACCCGGCUCUGCUACGCCCCGGUCGAAUCGAUGUGCAGAUCCACAUGUCCUAUAUAACUCCAUGUGGGUUCAGAAUGUUGGCUUACAACUACCUCGGGAUAACAGAGCACCCACAGUUCAUGGAGAUCGAGGAAUUGCUGAAGAAUAAGAAGGUGACGCCCGCAGAAGUGGGUGAGACGUUGAUGAAAGAGGAGGAUAUUGAAGAAGCGUUACAGGGUCUGAUUCAGUUUCUUGAAACCAAGAUAAGCGAUGGCCGAGAAUAUACAGCAGGUGAUGUGCAACCGGAACAAGUGCAAGCAGUAGAUGAAGAAGAAGAAGAGCUGAUGAUAGAAACGGCGGGAACCUUGGUCGACAUGAUUCAUUUAAGUUGCUGA